AUGGCGUCAGCAUCAUUGGUGGAGUCUCUUGUUCUUCAACUCCAUGAGAUAUCAGCUGUCAAAUUCGGCAACUUCAAGCUCAAAUCUGGCAUCUCUUCACCAAUCUACAUUGACCUCCGUCUCAUUAUAUCUUAUCCUUCUCUCCUCCGGCAAAUCUCUGAGACCCUACUUUCCUCUGUCUCAUCCACUUCCUUUGAAGUUGUAUGUGGUGUCCCUUACACUGCAUUACCCAUAGCCACAUGCGUCUCACUUGCUCAGAACAUUCCCAUGGUCAUGCGUCGUAAGGAAGUCAAAGACUAUGGCACUGCUAAAGCCAUUGAAGGUGAUUUCAAGCCUGGGCAGAGUUGCUUAAUCAUUGAGGAUUUGGUUACCAGUGGAACAUCAGUUUUGGAAACAGCUGCGCCGCUACGAUCUGUGGGUUUGAAGAUCACCGAUGCUGUUGUCUUGAUUGAUAGAGAGCAAGGUGGGAGGGAAAAUUUGGAGGAAAAUGGUAUCAAGUUGCACGCAAUUAUUAAAUUAACUGAAAUGGUGAAAAUUUUGAGAGAUCAUGGAAGACUUGAUGACGAGAUGGUAGGAGUUGUUACAAAAUUCUUAGAUGAGAAUCGGAAGGUUGCAGCUUUGGCAAAGGUUGAGAAGCCAAUAACUAAGGUCAAGUCCUUAUCAUUCGCGGAGAGGGCUAAUCUGUCCAAGAACCCAACAGGAAAAAAGUUGUUUGAGAUAAUGGCUCAGAAGGAGAGUAACCUGUGUUUGGCUGCAGAUGUUGGAACAGCCGCUGAAUUGCUUGAAAUUGCUGAGAAGGUUGGACCUGAGAUAUGCUUGCUGAAGACUCAUGUGGAUAUUUUGCCAGAUUUUACUCCUGAUUUUGGCUCUAAGCUUCUCUCGAUUGCAGAAAAACACAACUUCUUAAUCUUUGAGGAUCGAAAGUUUGCUGACAUUGGUAACACAGUGACCAUGCAAUAUGAAGGAGGAAUCUUUCACAUAUUGGAUUGGGCUCACAUAGUAAAUGCUCACAUAAUCUCUGGUCCUGGCAUCGUGGAUGGACUAAAAUUGAAGGGUUUGCCUCGUGGCAGGGGACUAUUGCUGCUUGCUGAAAUGAGUUCAGCUGGCAACCUUGCCAAGGGAGAUUAUACCGCUGCUGCAGUGAAAAUUGCCGAGGAGCAUUCUGACUUUGUAAUUGGCUUCAUCUCUGUCAACCCAGCAUCAUGGCCAGGGGCACCGAUAAAUCCUUCUUUCAUUCAAGCAACUCCAGGGGUUCAAAUGGUGACUGGUGGUGAUGGUUUAGGGCAGCAAUAUAACACUCCACAUUCUGUCGUUCAUGAUAGGGGAAGUGAUAUUAUCAUCGUGGGACGAGGCAUCAUCAAGGCAGCAAAUCCUGCCGAGGCAGCUCAUGAAUACCGUCUACAAGGAUGGAAAGCAUAUUUGGCCAAAUCUGCUUGA